UAUUCCUGAGUAAGAAAUUUCUAGCUAGAGUUUUUAAGAGAGAGCAACCUACAGUGCGUAGUGGUAGUUUCAUUCCAAACAAAGGACCAACUGCCUCACGUGCCUCACUCCCCCACGACCUAUUUUUUCAAACCCACUUUCUAAAAGUAAUGACAUCGUUAAUAAAUAAUACAAUACAUAAAUAAAUAAAUAAACCCAACUAAACUAUCUACAGUUUGUAGGCGUUUUGUGUUUGAUUGCUUCUCUUUAUUUUUUCAUGUAGUAUCCCAGGAAUAAGCUUUUGUCAGCUGAACAAACCCCAUAUCAGCCAUGUUUUACUUCUUUAUGGGGUGGCGUAAAGCUUCAAAGUGUAAGAGACUGAUCAAACGGUUACAGUGCCGGCUUAAGUUGGUUAAGAACAAGAGAUAUGCCAUUGUUAGACAAUUACGUAAUGACUUGGCUCAACUUAUUAAGAUUGGCCAUCAAAAUACUGCCUUUAUUCGGGCUGAGCAGUUGAUCAAAGAUGAAGCAGUAAAUGCAGCCUAUGAAUUGCUGGAAAGUUUUUGUGAAUUCAUUCUCGUCCAUUUCUCAUACAUUCGGAAAACAAAAGAUUGUCCAAAUGAAAUUAAUGAAGCAAUUUCUAGUCUCAUAUUUGCCUCUCCAAGGUGUGGUGAUCUACCUGAGCUUCUGCAGAUUCGAAGGUUCUUUACAGACCGAUAUGGUCAGAAUUUUGCAACAGUUGCUCUUGAAUUGUUUCCUGGGAAUCAUGUUAACCUUCAGGUUAAGGAAAAACUUUCCACACUGUCAAUUUCUGAGGACAUGAAGCAAAAAUUGGUAAAUGAAAUUGUUAAGGAGUAUUGCCUCAAACCAGAUAUUUUAGCACUUGAUUACUAUUCUGAUUGGGAAGAACAGCAGAUGAAGAUAAAAAGUAGUGAAGACCAAGCAUUGAUGGCAGAUGUUCCAACUUCUUAUCAUGGCAUAUCUGAGGAAAGAUCAGAAUUGAAUAGUUCAAUGCUUGAAAAAGUGGAAUUUGUUGAUUUACCAAUUCAUUCAAAGCCUUGGCAAGAUCUCAGUAAAUAUGCUUCUGCUGUUACUUCAGAACAGAAGGUGGUUCCAGCCAUUUCAGAGUCUCAGGCAGAGAAAGAAGAUACUUCUGGUGAAGGAGAUUCUCAACAAGGGAAAGGAAAUCUUUCGGAGACGAAAAAGGAGAGAAGAAGUGUUACAGCAUCUUCUUCAGAAAGCUUGCCAAAAGUUGAUGAUGAAAUGUUAGUUUAUAUGGAUGACAUUGAAGAGUUUCAGUCCUCAACUCCAAAAGAUGAAGAUUCUCAGGACCAAAGGCUGUUCAAAUUCAAGGAGAGUUCUCUUAAAGACUCUGAUCAAUUGGGGAACAAAAACGUUAAUUCAAGCUUAAGAGAUUUUGAGAGAAGUAGCAGUGUCUCUAGUAAGAGAAGAACAAGGAGGAGACUGGUGUUUCAUGAAAAUCAAACCAUAGAAGAUAAUCAAUGCCUUAGUUACUAUGGUCAAGACUCAUCAAAUAAGCAAAGAUCUAAUCAUGUUCACCAGCAAAUAAAGCAACAUAGAAAAACUUCAGUUGAUUAUGAAUCUGAUAAUAGACCAAACCAAUUUUACAACUCAGAUAUGGGAUUUACAUCUUUGUCAAGAAACCGUAGAUGUUAUCCCAAAAGACCUGAAUGCUGCUGCUGCUGCUGCUGUUGCAACCACAAAACCAGACAUAGCUGCAGCGGCUUGGAAAGUCCAUGCUAUUUUGUUGCAGAAGAAGAUAUUGACAACGAUAUUUAUGAAGCUCCAUCAUUCAGGAAGCCAAACAAUUUGUCCAGGAGUCAUUAUAGCAGAGAACAUAUGUACUGGAAUGGAGAAGAAGAACUGAAUGAAGAAGUGGAAAGUAUCACUGUACCUCAGAAACCAAGGAGAAGAAGUUAUGACAACAGUGCUUCUAUGGAUUACGAUGUUUUCACAUACUCAGAUCACCAAAUUCAAAGCCAGAACAACGUGGUAAAGAGGUUUGGUCCAAGAGGCAGUCAAGGAAAAGAUUUAGUUCCACCAUAUAUCAGAACUGUGACAAUGCCACAAGAAAAGCCUAAGGAUAUUCCCAAUGAAGACUUUCAAAGGUGUAAGACUUUCCCUAUUCAAACUCCCAAGCAUGUUCAUCCAAUGCUGCCAGACUAUGAUGAUAUAGCCGCCAGAUUCAUGGCUCUCAAGAAAGAGAGGAGCUGCCAUUGACCUCUGAAUUACAAACAUGGAUGCAGCAUUUUUUUCUCCCAUUAUCUUUUCUUUUGAGGGAUAUUUAAUACUGAUAAGCUAGUUUAUGUUUUGAGUUUAUAACAUUCAUUCAUUGUAUCUCAUAAUUGUGUACAUACAUAUAUAUAAGGGCAAUUUACACUAAUGUAUACAUUAUAUAAUUUUAUUACAAUAUAUGUACAAAAUAAUUUAUUUUCAUAUAAUCAUACAUUUUAUCUA